AUGCCUUUGUAUCAACCAAACCUGACCACACCCGUGCUAGAGCAGUUCUCUCUCCAAGGAAAGACGGCCCUAGUCACAGGCGGAUCGCGAGGAAUCGGCCGUCAGGUAGUUCAAGCUCUUGCAGAAGCUGGCGCAGAUGUUGCAUUCACAUACCGCACCGCAGAGGACGCCGAGCAAACCGCCGCUAGCAUCGCUCAGCAGACGAACAAACGGAUUGCCGCCUAUCACCUUGAUGUGACGAAGCGUGUUGAUGUUCUAGAGACAUUCGAGCGGAUAGCGAAGGAGUUCGGCAACGGCCGACUAGACGUUGUGGUAGCCAAUGCAGGAGUCUGCCAAAACGUGCCGUCGCUUGACUAUGAAGAGGAGAACUGGGCCUAUGUGAAUGAUGUCAACUACACAGGUGUAAUGUGGACUGCCGCGGCAGCAGGGAAGAUCUUCAAGAGACAGGGACGAGGAAACUUGGUCAUUACCGCGUCGGUCAGCGCGAACCUGGUGAACGUACCACAGACACAGGCUGGAUACAAUGCUUCGAAAGCAGCUGUGGUUCAGCUCGCGAAGAGUCUUGCAGUAGAAUGGACGGAUUUCGCAAGGGUGAACUGCGUCUCACCGGGAUACAUCAUGACUGAGAUGUUGACAAGGCAACCGGAAGACCUACAAAAAUUGUGGCUCUCUCAGAUACCAGCAAAGCGAAUUUGCAGGCCAGAGGAGCUCAGGGGGCUCUACGUAUUCUUGGCCAGCGAUGCCGCAUGCUACAUGACCGGUUCGAAUAUUAUUAUUGAUGGUGGAUAUACUCUACCUUAA